AACAGUUCUUUGAAUUCACAUGAGCUUCCUGUUGAUUUUGUUUAAUUUGCUUAAAUCCACACAAAUCUUAUUUCCUACUUUGUUUACAAAAGAUCAGGGCCAAUAUGAGCAAAGAUAAUGACCACAGUCUAUAUUUAGAGUACAAACUCACAGAGGAUCAAACUAAUUUAAUGAAUGAUUGAUUUUCCUGAACCCAGACAAUGUGUGUGUAGUGGACUGACACUGAAUUAGCCUCGUACAAUCCCAUUUAAAAUGCAAGAAUUAAUUUAGACUAAAAGGAAGAGGAAGCUGUAAAAUGCUACUGAUCUUAAUUUACAUGAUAGUAAACUUGUACUAAUGAUUACAAAAUAAAAGCGUACUGUACUGUACGUGGUCAUUCAAAUAAACGCAGUAUUUCAAUAAGGACGUCAAUAAAUGCAAAUGCUUUGUGACCACGUUCCAGCCCCGAGGACAUUUUCCACAGAAUUUUAAAUCUGAUACCCAACCAGAGAGAGAGAGACAUACACACACCUACAUGCAGUGAUAUUAAGUAACAGCAUAGCGAUGUGCACACACAAACGUUAUGCUAAAGAGCUCAGACCAGACAGAUUUAUCAUACAUCAAAUGAGUUGAUCUGUGCUGCAAUUCAAAUGGACAAGAGGAAGAAAGGAUCCACCACAGAGCUGAGGCUAAUGAUGGUCGGUAGCAGCGGGCCGCCUCAGUUCCUCCUGACUAAUGCCAUACUGGGGAGGGAAGAGUUUCUACCAGACACCAGCAGCAUCUCCUGCAGCAGGAAGAGCACCGGGGACUUGGCCGGCAGACGAGUGGCUCUUAUCAAUGGGCCCAACAUCUACGACAAGGACAUAUCGAGAGCCAAGAGGAAGAUGGAGCAACGGAAGGCCAAGUGCUUAACCAUCCCCGGCCCCCACGCCUUCCUCGUUGCCUUCGACAUCGAGAAAAUCUCCCCCAAUGAAAUGAGGAUGCCCAAACUGAUGAAGCAACGGUUCGGGAGGCAGUGCUUGAAGCACUGCGUGGUCCUGUUAGCCUGUGAAGGAAGCAUCGACGCAGCCGCCCUGGAAGACAGGGUGCAGAGCAACUGGCACCUGCGGGAGCUGGUGGAGAAGUACGGCGGACGCUUCCACUUCUUCAGCAAGGACUGGAGGGACCGCAGCCAGGACAGGGAGCUGCUGCAGAAGGUGGAGUGGAUGGUGGCGUCGCUGGGAGGGGGCUGCUUCUCCAGCCGCACCUUCAAGACGGCCGAGGACAGCGUGAGGAAGGAGGAGAAGCGGCUGCGGCGGCACAGGGCCGCGGAGAUGGAGAAGGCGUGGACGGAGAUGGAGAAGCAGUGCAUCGCCGAGGAGCUGUACUGCAGGAAGGACGCCUACGCCGCCAGCGUGGGCGCGGAGAUCCGGGCCAAGGCGGAGGCGGACAACGGCUGGCUCCGGACCUCGCUGGCCAGAGGCCUCGGGACCGGCCUGGUGGUGGGAGCCGUGAUGGGAGCGCUGGUGGGCGCCAUAGAGGGCCCGGGGGGCAUGGUUCUGUACGGGGUCAUCGGCGGCGCCGUCGGCGGCUCGGCGGGAGGCACGGCCCAGGUGGCCAUAAAGCACAUGGAGAACAGGGUGGCUCCGCCCGCCAGGCUCAACUUCAACUCCAUCUUCAUCAACCGCUUCUUCGCCACGUCUCGAAUAUGAUUGUAUGAUUAGAAUUAUAGAACCUGUUCUUCAGAGACACGCUCAAAUAGCGCAGACUGUAAAUUCCUACACUUGUAAAUAAAGGUGUGUUUCCCGACAGCC